GGAGAAACCUCAGAGCUCACCACUGCUUGGGGAGCUGGUGAUGCUGGGAAGGACCUGCAGGGACACCCAGGAAAAGCCACAGGGGGACCCUGAAUUCAGGACCCAGGAGCAUGAGGCUUGAGGGACAAGAGACAGCUGGCCAGCCACGAGUGACCAUGCUGCCCACACCCAACGGCAGUGGGCCCAGCCAGGAGCUCGGAGGCCAUUGGCCAGAGACACCGGAGAGGUCCCCGUGCGUGGCCGGCGUCGUCCCUGUGGUCUACUACAGCAUCCUGCUGGGCCUGGGGCUGCCCGGCUUCCUCCUGCAGGGGGCCGUGCUGGCCCGGGAGGUGCCCCGGGCGGCGGUGCGCACGGCGAACGUCCUGGAGUUUGCCGCCAACCACGCCUCCGUCUGGAUCGCCGUCCUGCUCGCGGUGGACCGGUACCGGGCGCUGUGCCACCCCCUGUGCCAUCGGGCGGCGGCGUCCUCGGGCCGGACCCGCCGGGACAUCGCCGUGGUCCUUGGAGCUGCCCUGCUGACUGGCAUCCCCUUCUACUGGUGGCUGGACGUGUGGAGGGACGCGGGGCCCCCCGGCCCCCUGGACAAGGUCCUCAAGUGGGCUCACUGCCUCACCGUCUAUUUCAUCCCCUGUGGCGUCUUCCUGGUCACCAACGUGGCCGUCGUCUGCCGGCUGCGGAGGCGGGGCCGGAGCGGGCCGCCGCCGCGGGUGGGCAAGAGCACGGCCAUCCUGCUGGGCCUCACCGCGCUCUUCACCUUCCUGUGGGCGCCCCGGGUCUCCGUCAUGCUCUACCACCUGUACGUGGCCCCCGUCCACCAGGACUGGAGGGUCCACCUGGCCUUCGACGUGGCCAACAUGGUGGCCAUGCUCAACACGGUGGUCAACUUCGGGCUCUGCUGCUUUGUCAGCAAGACCUUCCGGGCCACUGUCCGAGGGGUCCUCCAUGACGCCCACCUGCCCUGCGGGGUGUGGUCACAGCCAAGGGGCCCCGGGGUGCAGCCUGUGCUGAAGCCCCCAGGGCUCCCCAAAGGGGCAGGACUGUAGCAGGGGGGGGCCCAGCCAGUGAGCUGGGGGCGGCCCCAGGCCAGGUGUCCGGGCCCUUGGUGGUCCCGCCCACAAAACUUGACCGACACCCUACUUUGCAAGAUGAGGGCAGAGAGGAAGGCUCCUUCCUGUGGGGGGUGGCCCCCCACAUAGAGGGGAGGACAGUUUACGGAACUUUUGCACGAGCCCCGCCCCUGUUUCCUGGGACAAAGCUGAUCGUGUCAGCUGCUGUGGGCGUUGCUUGGUGCGGGACACGUCCCCUGGCACAUUCGAAGGCCAGGUUCAUGCUGGUUGGAUGAAUGAAUGAAUGAAUGAGUGAGUGAAAAGGUGGAUGGACCCAUGGCUGACUUGUUUCC